AUGGACGCCUUCGGCUGGAGCACGCAGCCAGCUCCUGCCGCGCCGAGCGACGACGCCCUCCUCGCCGCCUUCUUAGGCGCGAACGCCUUCGAGGAACUCCACUGCGACGACCCUGCCGGCGAUUGCACCGUGAACUCGGACGCCUACGGCCUCGGCCUGCCGCCGAGCCAGCACGAUCUGGGCAUCCUGCGGUGCCAGAGCGACUUGACUCUUGCCGGCCACGGCGACACAUCAUCCAACGCCUUUCUGGACUCGGUUGGUUUGCUUCCGGCCAUGGCCGGCGUGCACGACGGGUUUGCGUUCCCGAACGUCCACGAGGAGCCCGCGCAUGCCGCCGGCUCAAACGCCGCCUUCUCCGGGUACAGCACCACCACCGGUGGUGGCGGCGGCAACAUCUCUUCCGGGGAGUCCAACACAUACGGCAGUGGUGACACGGAGGUUGCCUCGCCGUGUGCCAUGUCGCGCCCGGUACUGCCUCAGCCUCAGACAACUCUACCUCUGACGAAAAGGGAUAAGCAACCGGACAAGUACCCAGCAGCAAGGGCAACGGCGACGCCCACGAGCUUCACGUUCGGGCAGAGCGACGGCGGCCGCCGCGGGUACGAGCCGGACACGGAGGCGAUAGCACAGGUGAAGGAGAUGAUCUACCGCGCGGCGGCGAUGCGGCCCGUGACCCUCGGCCCCGGCGAGCCUCCCACGUCGACGCCGCCCGAGCCGUCGUCGUCGAAGCCGCGGCGGCGCAAGAACGUGCGGAUCUCGAGCGACCCGCAGACGGUGGCGGCGCGGCUGCGGCGGGAGAAGGUGAGCGAGCGGCUGCGCGCUCUACAGAAGCUGGUGCCUGGAGGGAGCAAGAUGGACACGGCGUCCAUGCUCGAAGAGGCGGCCAGCUACCUCCGGUUCCUCAAGUCCCAGGUCGCCGCGCUCGAAACCCUUGGCGGCGGCGGCGCCGACGACGGCCGAUACUCGUCACCGUUGCAACGGUACGUGGGAAGGAAUUUUGGUCUUCCAUCUCGUGGCGGCGGCGGCGGCGCUGGCACCGUGCUCGCCUUCGGAAGUAACGGCGUCGCUGGGUACGUGAAAUCCAACAGAAACAUGCAGUUGUGACAGCACGUACUCGUAGUGUGUGUUCGUGUCAUUGUAACAUGAGAUGUACAACGAUAUACCUCUCUGGCGUUUUGUGACGGAUUGAUUGAUGGUAAUGUG